GGAGCGUAAAAACAUUUCAUAGCACUAACUACGGCAAGAAAUUUUAUUAGGCUCAAACUAUAUAUCUGUGCUGUUUGUGACGCCUACCCACUUAUAACUGUUCUAUCUCAACGUCAAUUUCAACGUAUCUGCCUUCAGGGACUUGUUUCUUCGAGCGAUAUCCCAUUUUAACACGCGUAUCUUGAGGCACACAACAUCAGCCGUAGUUUUGACAUUGUAAUACCGGCAAGCUUCUCUCGGCCAUUCGAGAGUUGAAUGGCUUUUGAUCAGAGCAUUUCCUGGUUUCAGCAAAAGCUCGGAAAGUAUGAUAAAGCUUCAUGGGAAAGAACAUUUGAAGUACAAGAGCAGGAGACGGGUACCUUUAUUCAUGUUCCUAAGAAGCCUGGUGGUUUAAAACCUGAACUGAUAGAUGUUGAUUUAGUUAUUGGUUCAACAUUUCCCAAGACAAAGCCAGUUCAUAGUUGGUUUGCUGUCACACAGAAAGGAGUGUGUAGAGUUCUUCUGUUUCCAUUUUUCCGAUCAUGGUGGACGCAACAGUUAUCCCCUAAGCUAUGGUUCCUGUUUCUAUUUCUUUAUUUUUGUGAAGUUUUGGUGCUAUUUGUUUACUUAAGAAAAUGGGAAUCACACUGGAAGGUUGUCACUUGGUCAGAAGCAUGUGGACCAGCUCUGAUCAUGGUUCUGCUGGGUGUUCUCUACAUGUACAUGGUGUCCACUGACUAUUCAAGCUCAUCUCAAAGAAGAAAGGCUAAAAGUCUCAAUAGGAGACGAAGAGCUGCCAGACAGAAGAGAAAGAGCAGCACACAAGAAAAUGGAAUGGCACAUGAUAGCAUUGUUACAAAUGGAAUACGACAGAGGAAGUCCACAAACUUGUCACCUGACUUUAACGUCAAGGAUAACAUAGAAACUGUGGAGAAUUCAAAUCAUUACAACUCAAAAGACAAUGACAAUGAUAAAACAGAAGAAGAACUGAGUGAAAGUGGAGAGACGACCUCGUCAACCACAGAAAGUGAUGUGUCUGAUGUUGAAAUGGACAGUAAUAGUGAGGAUCCCUUUGCUUGGGAUAAACAGGGUAAUGGAUCUCCAGGAAUGCAAACCAGCCCAACACCCCCACCCACUGCAGAGAAGGUUAUGGUUUCUAUUUGGGAAGGAAAUCAAUGCAAAAAAGCCCAGUUGACACUCAUGGAGAUUAGUGCUGCUAUUGCCAACAAAGUGGACUCUCAUAAAAGCCACACGGGUUAUGUGCAGUUUUCUGUUGUUGUCUCUAUGACCCUUGCAUUUAUUCCUCUUCUUUUCCGUCUCUACAACACAACAGGAACUAUUGGAGACCUUUUGAUUAGCAACAGUGAAGAUCUCUUGUGUAAAAUGUUUGGAUAUUCAUCAUGGUCACGUGUCAUUGUUGUUAUUAGCAUGCUGGAGAGGUUCUUCUUGAGUUUCUCCUUCUUCUUUUUGCUGUGCGUCGCAGAAAAAUCCUACAGAGAGCGAUGUCUGUACGCAAAGUUAUUUGGAUGGCUAACGUCGUCGCGGAAGUCUCGCCGUGCGGGGCUCCCUCAUUUUCGUCUCCACAAAGUACGGAACAUAAAGACUUGGCUGUCGCUAAGAUCCCUGUUGAAGAGACGAGGUCCUCAGAGAUCUGUUGACAUGAUUGUGUCAUCAUCCUUUAUACUGGGCAUGGUUCUAGUAAUUCUCAUGUGUGUACAGCUUAUAAAGGGAAAUGAAAAAGAGAGGUUUCUGUCGAUAUUAUUUAACUGGGAGGUGUCAAUAUGGUGCCUUGUUUUAUCUGUCUAUGUUCUGCGGUUCAUGACGUUAGGAUCCAAGAUCAACAGUAAAUUUACGAACACCUCGGGACUACUAACGGAGCAGAUUAAUCUUUACCUUCAAAUGGAAAAAGCUCCUCAUAAAAAAGACGAUCUGACAAUAGCUAACCAUGUGCUUAAGUUGGCCUCGAAACUACUAAAGGAAAUUGAGAGCCCAUUCAAGAUGUCUGGUUUAUCCAUGAACCCCUUGCUGUAUAACAUCACCAGGGUAGUUGUGCUGUCUUUGUUUUCUGGAGUCAUGUCAGAUCUUCUUGGAUUCAGACUAAAGGUUUGGAAAAUCAAGACGUAGCAUCAACUUUAGAGAAAAAAAGGCAAAUUAUUUAUAUUUAACUUAACACACACGUUUUAUUUUUCUGUCAAAUGAGGUUGUAUAUAUUCUAUUAACGCCACGUGAAGUGGUGAUCAUAUAUAUAUAAAUAUAUAUAAAGGGCUCGUAGGGCCAAAUUUCAAAAUAAGAAUUGCUAAAAGAGGCGGCCAGAGGAACCGUGGGUGACAAUAAUGAAAGUUUAUCGCGAAGCGAUUGAUUUAAUGCGUUUUGAUUAGUCAUAUUUACGAAAAAAGAUAGCCCAUCUUUGAUUUAUGGUUUCCAUGGGGUGCGGGUUUACAUUUAUGCACAAAGUUCCUUUGAUUUCGCACUAAAAUGCUGUAAGCUUUGUUUUAAGCUGGUGCAUUAAGUAAUUGGAGAGGCAGUGGCCUGCUUCGAGAGGUCUGGAUUCGAGCUCUGAACGGCACUUUGGGUGGUGUUUUGUGCAAGACGCUUUUUACUCGUGCAGCGUUUCCCUCCACCCAGGAUUACAAAUGAUUAUCAGUGAGAUGUUAAGCUAUGCGUGACUUGAAAUGGACAGCAUCCUUUUCAAGGGAAGAAGCAAUAUUUUAAUAUGGCCACUGAAAUCAGCCUAAGUAUUCUAGCGAUCGGCUUCUUACUUAAAAUCAUAUUAGCAUCUCAUAAUUCUUCUCGAUAUUGUCGCCUACUAUUUCACGCUUCGUAUAGUCAUUCUAGCCCGAAACAACUGU